AGGUGAAAUAUUUGCUGUGAGCAUUGCCCAAGGAGGACCAGCCCCACGGUUUAUGCAAGAAUGGUGUUAUGAAUACCUUGCAACUGGUAACAUCAGACGGGAUGGAGUACAUGACACAGAGAUAUCACCACUAAUUAAAAUGAUUGAAGACGCAUCUGACCUGACCACUUACACAAAAGAAAUCUUGGACUGUGGCUACACUGGACCAGUCAACACUGAGCAUAAGGAAAGCAUAUUAAGAGCACUUGCUCUACAUAUCACCACAAAACGCAUUCCAAUGCUGCAACAACUCCGUGAAGGCCUUCAGAUUUAUGAUCUAAUCAAAAUCAUCCAAGCCAAACCACAUGAGUGUCAUGACCUGUUUGUUAUAGGUCAUGAUGACAAAGUUGAUGCCCAUUACAUUUCAUCCCACCUAGCCCCAGAGAUGAGCCCCACUGGUUCACUUAAACAAGUAAAUGAGUCCAAAAUCUUGGAAUUCUUCCAAGAUUUCUUACUUGAACUUGAAGACACACAACCAGAAGAUGAUGUUGCAGGGGAAUCUGAUGGCAUGUCUGUAUCUCAGAUUAUGCAGUGGAUCACUGGCCAAUCUCACAGGCAUCUACUUGUGUCCGAAAGGCAGAAAUUUAAAGUUUCAAUUAAGUUUGAUCAUUGUUGUCUGCAACAUACUCCUAACCACAGUGUGUGCUACCCAAUUGUCAGUGCUUGCACAAAUACCAUAACAUUUCCUGUAGCCCACAUGGCCGAUUAUGAAUCUUUUAAAACACUCUUGCAAACUGCUGUUAAAUAUGGGUCAGCCUUUGACAGAGUGUAAAUAGUACUGACUUGAGUAUCAGUACUAAUGAAAAAAAAAAAGACCUGCAUUUUAAACACCGCUGAUUGACCAUUAUGUUCACAUGCCCACAACAUAUAACUAUGAUUGGCUACAAUGAUCAUCACUUCAUAAAACAUUUGGACUGAUACACGGACACUAGAACAUUUGAAAGCCACAUAUCAGUUAAUCUUUUAGCAGAUUCUUCUCAGAUAAAUUCUGACAGACAUGGAUUUCAAACGCUCCAGUCUCCGUGUGUUGGUGCAAAUGCUUGGUAAAAAGUGUGAAGCAAUGAUCAUUAUACAUGAGCAUAUGAACAUGAUGGUCAAUCAGCAGUGUUCAAGAAUCCACUUAACAGCACUUAAGAUGCAUUAUCAUAUUUUGUACAUUUGUAUUACUGAUACCAAGGUUACUUUUGACAACGGUAGUCUACUGUAGAAAAUCAGUUCAUGGAUUCCUGGUUAACAUUAUCUUUUCUGCACUUGGGACGUUAAGUUUUUAUUUGAUGCAUGUUUAAAUGCAUUUAAGCCUAAAUGUUUUUGAGUAAACAUUUGUUUCCACACAUUGACACACCUUUUGUGGGGGUAAAAAGUUCUAAUGGAAAACAACUUCCUGUUAGCAUACUGAGAUACUUGUAAUUGAUAACUACGUCUUAAGUCUACGUCACAAUGUAAAAUUCAUCAGUUUCAAUAAUUUCCCUAAUAAAUUACACUUAAAACAAACCUAAAAA